AUGUCGGAUCAGAAUCAGAGCAUGAACAAGCCUUUGGGCAAGGGCAAGGAAGUGACUCCAGUUGUGCCACCCUCCCUUGCGUCGUCGUCGUCUACAUUUCAAGUCCAAAUCAAGUCGGAACAAAAUGUCAUGGAGCGUCUCGCACUCGAGUUUUCAUCACUGCCGGACAGAGAAAUGGUGCCUGAGGGUUCAGACUCGGCUGGGCAGCAACAGCAACUUACAGCGCCGGGGUCAUCUAGUCAAAUUACUCCUACUUCAAACACGCCCACGAAUAAUCUCAUCACAAAGACUAUCCGCGCAGCCAUGUCGGACAUCAACAAGCCAAAGUGA